CGGCUACAACGCCGAGCGGAGGAGGUAGGACCCCGAAUUCCAGAAGCAGCUGGGUGGGCACCAUGGCCGGCAUCACCACCAUCGAGGCGGUGAAGCGCAAGAUCCAGGUUCUGCAGCAGCAGGCGGAUGAUGCCGAGGAGAGGGCCGAGCGCCUCCAGCGGGAAGUGGAGGGAGAAAGGCGGGCCCGGGAGCAGGCUGAAGCCGAGGUGGCCUCCUUGAACCGUAGGAUCCAGCUGGUUGAAGAGGAGCUGGACCGUGCUCAGGAGCGCCUUGCCACUGCUCUGCAAAAGCUAGAGGAAGCAGAAAAGGCUGCUGAUGAGAGCAAGAGAGGUAUGAAGGUGAUUGAAAACCGAGCUCUAAAAGAUGAAGAGAAGAUGGAACUUCAGGAGAUCCAGCUAAAGGAAGCAAAGCACAUUGCCGAAGAGGCAGACAGGAAGUAUGAAGAGGUGGCUCGUAAGUUGGUGAUUAUUGAAGGAGACUUGGAACGCACAGAGGAACGGGCCGAGCUGGCAGAGUCCCGUUGCCGAGAGAUGGAUGAGCAGAUCAGACUGAUGGACCAGAACCUGAAGUGUCUGAGUGCUGCUGAGGAAAAGUACUCUCAGAAAGAAGACAAGUAUGAAGAAGAGAUAAAGAUUCUUACUGACAAACUCAAGGAGGCAGAGACCCGUGCUGAGUUUGCUGAAAGAUCGGUAGCCAAACUGGAAAAGACCAUUGAUGACUUGGAAGAUAAGCUGAAGUGCACCAAAGAGGAACACCUCUGUACACAAAGGAUGCUGGACCAGACCCUGCUGGACCUGAACGAGAUGUAGAGCACCCCCUAGUCCCCGCCCUGCCACCGCUCCUCCCUCUGACCCUGACUCCGCCUGAGGCCAGCCUGCCUGAAGCUGACCUUGAAACCGAGGGCUGAUCUUUUUAACUGAGGGCCGCUUUCCCUCCUGCCCCCCUCUACCCUUCAUGUCUUUCUCAUAAAACUGUGUCAGCCUCUUCCCAGAGUUCCCAGCUGGAGGGGCUGAGCACCUUUGGGAACAAUAUUUAAGGGAGUGUGAGCACAAUGCAUUUGUCUUCAGUGCACUUGAUCUGCACAUUGUGAUUCCUUUUGUCUUAGCGACCAUUGUAACAUUCCAAGAGCUUCCACAGCUUGGAGCAGCAGCCCAGUUCCUUGUCACUGUUGGAAGGUGACAUGCCGACCUAAUGGAUACUGCUCUCUCCAUAGAGGAGGAACACAGGACAGCCAGCAGAGCCCAGCAGGCUCCACUGUGGGACACCUCAGUUCUCUGCACCAAGUCCUAGCCAAACAACAGGAAAUUCUAGGAAGUUAGCCAGAAGCAAAAAAACUCUUCCGGGCUGUGAAGGUUCCAUCUUUGAUAUCUUUGAACAACUUUAACCUUGUUUUUUGUUUUUUUGUUUUUUUUUUUUUUUUUUUUUUUUGGUUUUUCGAGACAGGGUUUCUCUGGUUUUGGGCCUGUCCUGGAACUAGCUCUUGUAGACCAGGCUGGUCUCGAACUCACAGAGAUCCGCCUGCCUCUGCCUCCCGAGUGCUGGGAUUAAAGGCAUGCGCCACCACUGCCCGGCUUUAACCUUGUUUUUUAUGUUUCACUUUUUCUAUCAGUCGUGACCAAAUGAGUCGGUGAGGCGUCUGCAAUGCCCCACCCCCAGGCCUUGUGCAUGCCAGGCAAGCAUGCUACUGCGCGGGCCCCAGCCCCAGCCCCACUGGUCUCCCCUCCUCCCCUUCCUAACUGCUUACAGGGAUCAUGCUGACCCUUAGUAUUCACCUGCCCCGAGAGAGAAAGAAAAGGAAGAUUAUGUUCGUGCCACUGAUUUAGCCGUGUGGACGCCAUCUCACUGCCGUUCCCGAAGCUGCUGUCUCUUAAAGUGCCAUCUCAUUGUGCUUCGUAUCAGCCAGAGCUGGAGGAAUCUUGAAUAGCUUAUGUAAAAAACUUUUUAAAUUUUAUAUUAUUUUGAAAUUUUGCUUUUGGGGACUUGGGUUAUCUUGGUCAACCCAUUGGCUGUGAGAAUCCUUUGCGGUCUGUGGGCUGGCGCUGUGCCGACCUUUCAAGUGUCCCCACCCAGUCGCCGU